AUGUCGCUAAUACCAAAAAUCCAAUACCUUUUUCGUACGCUGCAGAUACCCCUACCAAAGCAAUACCUCAAAAACAUGCAGCACACCAUCAACACCUUCAUCUGGGAGGGGAAAAAAGCAAGAGUAGCAGCAGGGACCCUACAACAGGCGGUACGCAGGGGAGGGUUAGGCCUCCCGAACUUGACGGCCUACUGCAGAGCAGCGUACCUCCAUAACAUAUCACAAAUAAACCUCCCCACCAACGCACCACAAUGGGUAGCCAUAGAAUCGCACUGGGCGCCCAGAUGAGACCUACGAGCGCUGAUAUGGCAGGAAAAAUGCCCCAGGCACACCCAGGACAAACUCUUGCCCAGCACCCAGACCCUACUACAAAUAUGGCACAGAAUAAGAGAUAAACUGGUGGCAAAGCAAACACUUCCCAUGGCCACACCACUACAAACAAUAGGGCUGGACAUCCCAACUUUCCCGUGGGAGACAUGGGCGAAAGUGGGGAUACACCAUAUAUAUCAGGUGAUAGACAGGGGGCGUCUGAAACCACUACCAGCUAUUCAGGAGGAAUACACAUUGCCCAGUAAGGUCAUAUUCUCACACAUGCAACUAAAAUCAUACGUCUCAAGCAAACUGGACGCUGAAGACAAAUGGGAAGACGGAAUAAAUAUGACGCAAUUUGAAAAACAUUGUGUGGGUAUAAAGAAACUAGGGAAAACCCUGUCCUGGGGAUACCAGGAGCUGAUCACAACACAAGCACAAACAUUAGAUAAGAUUAAACAGGCGUGGCACCAAGAGCUGGGACAGACGUUCCCAGAUGACACAUGGGACCGUGCAUAUUUGGCACACCAGGGACUCACAGCAUGUAACACACACCUAGAAUUACAACGCAAAAUACUGUACCGCUGGUACUUAGUGCCAGACAAACUCCACAAGAUGUGGCCAACCACCAACAACAAAUGCUGGAGAUGUUGGAGAGAGGUGGGGACCAUGUUACAUAUCUGGUGGUCCUGCGCCAAACUUAGCCCAUUUUGGAAGGAGGUGACCCAACUAUUACAAAAACUGCUACCGACACCCAGGCUAGAUAAUCCACAAACAUGCAUUUUGUUUAUGUUGCCUAGGGGCAUCCCGAAACGCAUCAGGACAAUUCUCUACCACAUCAUCAUAUCAGCAAACCUGAUUGUGGAAAAAAAACAAUGCCCCCCACACUUCAGGGCGUAAUAAAACAGGUAAAACAAAACUGGGAGUACGAACUCAUGGCAGCAGCACAAUUUGGGGCACGCACACAUAUAUAUGAGGCACACAAGACAUGGAAGGCUAGCACAAAACCCGAGGUACGAGUGCUGGAAGCUAUAGACACACUAGAGGGUAGAACGCAAACCACCCACCAAGGCCCGCAAAAGGUGGAGUCGACAUCACCAACUAGGUGUAACGGCAAACAACCCAGCUAA